AUGACGAAUCCAACAAAGAGAGUAUUACUCGCCUCAAAUGGCGACGAUAUUUCUCAUGGCAUUGCUUUCAAUUUAGCCAAACAAGGAUGCAGGGUGGUUUUGAUGGGAGAAACAAGUAGCUUAAGAAGAAUUGUACAAAAAAUAACGGAAUCAGUUACUGAUUCUGUUGUGGAAGUAGUUGAACUGGAUAUGGAGAAUGAAAAUGAAUCUGUUUUUCACGAUGCGGUUGAUAAAGCUUGUAAGAUUUUGGGGAAAUUGGAUGCUUUUGUUAAUUGUUAUUCUUAUGAAGGAAAGAUCCAAGAUCAUCUCGAGUUAGCAGAGAGUGAGUACAAAAAAAUAGUUAAGAUAAAUUUUAUGGCUGCAUGGUUUUUGUUAAAGGCUGUUGGCCAAAGGAUGCGAAACUUCAACAAGGGAGGGUCCAUUGUAUUUAUAACGUCGAUAAUGGGUUCAGAAAGAGGGCUUUAUCCAGGUGCCGCUGCAUAUGCCUCAGCCUUGGCUGGAGUUCAGCAGUUAGUUCGGGCAUCGGCUAUGGAGAUAGGUAAGUACCAGAUCAGAGUUAAUGCUAUUGCAAGAGGCCUUCACCUGGAAGAUGAAUUCCCAUUAUCAGUGGGAAGGGAAAGGGCAGAGAAGUUGGUGAAAGAGGCAGCACCACUUGAGAGAUGGCUUGAUGUUAAGAAUGAUCUAGCUUCUACAGUAAUCUAUUUAAUCAGUGAUGGGUCAUGCUACAUGACAGGAACAACCAUAUAUGUCGAUGGAGCACAGUCUAUAACCAGGCCUAGGAUGCGUUCCUUUAUGUGAUUGUUUCAAAGGUUGUUUGUUCAUGCAUCUGAUUAAAUCUUCUACACACGACACAGAUAUCACACAGUUAAAAUUUGGGUUUGGUAGCAAUGUUUUGCUAUGCCCAUCCAUAGAUAGGACAUGAUUUGUCACAGUUAAAAUUUUGGUUUUGUUCCAAUGUUUGCCUGUGCCUUUAGAUAUACACGGUAUAUGUUAAGUUGCAGCUUCACUAAAUAAAUUUGUGGGAACAUAUAAUUGUAUGUAAUGUAAUGCUCUAAUGAAUGAACCAUGGUGAUAGGGCCCUGGAAGAGGUGUGGAAAAUUCAUGUUUAGAGAAAUAGAGGAAAUAAUGGGAAUAUUCAUGUAUUUGAGAGUCAUAGGAGAGAAGUGGAUAAUGAAUCGUGUAAGCAAAGUUUGGUUAUAAGAAUGAUGGGUGGAAGGAAAAAAGUGUCAAUUAAAAUCAUUCAGUUUGUUAGGGAUA